GACGGCGGCUGAGGCAUUGAACAUUGAACAACUCGUGGCAGGUAGAUUCCACCAACCUCUUUCCAUAUUAUCCCAACGUGGAAUCGCUGCGACUGCAGUUUAUAUAAUAACACUCUCUUCCCUUCCUUCCUUCCUCAAAUCCAGUCGUAUCCAUAAUCUCUCUUUCAAUGGCGAUUGCUUUCAAAUCGGGCGUCUGCUUCCUCCACUCCCCAAAACCCCAAAUCGGAAUCCGCCACUCUUCUCCCGAUUCCUCCCUCUCUUUCAAGAGAUUGGCUCCCAUCGCUGCCCUCUCCACCUCUUCCCCCACCCUCGGUCUCGCCGAUACUUUCAAGGAGCUCAAAAAACAAGGCAAAGUAGCAUUCAUACCGUACAUCACAGCUGGUGAUCCAGAUCUCUCUACCACCGCGGAAGCAUUGAAAGUUCUUGACGCUUGUGGUUCCGACAUUAUCGAACUUGGAGUUCCUUACUCUGACCCAUUAGCUGAUGGACCUGUUAUUCAGGCUGCGGCGACAAGGUCUUUGGAGAAGGGUACCAACCUUGAUAGCAUUCUUGACAUGUUGGAUAAGGUUCUUCCAGAGUUAUCUUGUCCUGUUUCGCUGUUCACGUAUUACAACCCGAUUCUUAAACGUGGGUUGGGGAAGUUCAUGUCCAGCAUCAGAGAUGUCGGUGUCCAGGGGCUUGUUGUUCCAGAUGUUCCUCUUGAGGAAACUGAGUUUCUGAGAAAAGAAGCACUUAACAACAGCAUUGAACUGGUCCUACUCACUACACCAACAACACCAACAGAGAGAAUGAAGAGAAUUGUUGACGCAUCAGAAGGAUUUAUUUACCUUGUGAGCUCAAUUGGAGUGACGGGUGCACGUGCAUCUGUAAGCGGGAAGGUCCAGUCGCUCUUGAAGGAUAUCAAAGAGGCAACAGACAAGCCAGUGGCUGUCGGUUUUGGAAUAUCAAAGCCUGAGCAUGUGAAACAGAUAGCUGGAUGGGGAGCUGAUGGAGUGAUUGUAGGCAGUGCAAUGGUGAGGCUUUUGGGAGAUGCUAAGUCGCCAACGGAAGGGCUCAAGGAGCUUGAGAGUCUCACAAAGUCUCUCAAAUCUGCUCUUCUUUGAAACACAAAGAAAAACAUUUGCAGAACGCUUCAUUGAUUGUGUUUUUGUUUUACUAAGUUACCAGUAAUGUAUGAAAAUUAUGUUCCAAACUUUUGAGACAUUUCGAGUAUGAUCAAGUUGCAGUGUGGUCUGGUCUCUCAGUCCACAAAUCAGUUUUUA